AUGAAAGUUAUCCUGCAGCGUGUCCUGUCAGCUUCCGUGACCGUGGGAAAGGAGGUGGUGUCGUCCAUCGGCAAAGGGGUCCUGGUGUUUGCCGCCGUAGCUCCUGGUGACACGGAAAAGGAAGCAGACUCCCUCGCAGCCAAAGUACUGAAGAUGAAGCUGUGGGAUGAUGAUGCCGGAGGAAGAUGGAAGAAAAGCGUAUUAGAUAUCGGUGGUGAGGUCCUGUGCGUUUCUCAAUUUACCCUACUUGCCUCUACAAAGAAGGGAAACAAGCCGGAUUUCCAUGGAGCAAUGGGCGGGAACGAGGCCAAACGGCUGUAUGACUACUUCUUUACCAAGGUCCAGCAAGGCUACGUGGUCGACAAGGUAAAGAACGGAGUGUUCCAAGCCAUGAUGGAAGUCGCCUUAGUGAACGAUGGCCCUGUCACGUUGGAGAUGUCAGCUGGUCAAAAACCUAUGCCUACACCAGAAAAGCCAAGUGAAUAA